AUGGGGGAGAUUAAACAACAUAACGAGGAAAUACGUCAUUCAAUUAAUUUUAUGUCUGAUAAAUACGAUUCGCUUUUGGAAAAAGUACACAACCUAGAAGAGCAAAACAGUGCUUACUACAAGCGUAUUCAAGAAUUAGAAGAGAAAUUCGAGCGUGAAACCCAUACUACGAAAAUUGAAUUACGCAACAUCCCAAAGGAAACUCAUGAAACCAAGGAUGAUUUAUUAAAUAUACUGAUAAAGACAGGUGGAGUCCUGGGUUCAACAAUUCAAUAG